AUAUCAAGCUUUUACAAAAAGCGAAUACGCCCCCGGUAAACUCACUGUACUUGCUCUCAUAUUCUGGAGAACCGCACAAUGAUGAGCAACGGAUUCGCAAUUACGGGUCAUACACCCACUUGGGAUUCAAGUUUGACGAACACAGAUAGUCAAAGUUACGAUGAAUGUUGGCCGGAUGCUCACCUCUAUCAUCACCAUCAUCAUUUACACCAUCACCAUAUUCACCAACACUCAUCUACAGUAUCUCAAAUGUGGCCUAACCCGCAUAACCAUCAUUCUCAGCAACAAAGUAUAACUCAAAAUGCUCUUACCAGGAGCAGCGGCGGUAGUUCGCAAAAGUCGUCGUCAAUGGCGUCGUCGAAGAAAAUCCGGCGGCGGGUGGCCACGCUGGCGCAACGGCGUGCGGCCAACAUUCGCGAGCGCAGGCGCAUGUACAACCUGAACGAGGCGUUUGACAAGCUCCGGCGCAAAGUGCCCACGUUCGCGUACGAAAAGCGGCUGUCCCGGAUCGAAACGCUCAGGCUGGCCAUCACGUACAUCGGGUUCAUGACCGAACUGCUGCAGUCGACCCCGUCGCACGGUGCGGGCGCCGACGCUGUCCAGUCACCCGCGGCCGCGGCGUACGCUCUGCCGACCCAACACCACGACAUUCCCUACGCGCCUUAUUCGUUGAUUCCACCCGUCUGAGGGAUGAAGGUGCAGAUGUAUAGUGCACACCCCUCCGCGUUAUUUGAUUUUUCGAAAGUUGUUGCGCUGCAAUAUAUUAUUAUAUAAUUUAUUAUGUACAAAACAAUAAUAUUAUGUAUAUGUAUAUACGUGUUGACCGCACGCAAAAAUCUCCAGUUAGUUAAAUUAUAUAUAAAUAUCUGCAGCAGCUGUGAAAUCGAUCUGAACCUGUUGCYAUUAUAGUUAUUGACAUUAUUAUUGCUCCCCAAAUUACCCCCCAUAUUAGAAUACGGAGAGAAUGACGAAAUAAUAUUAUUAAAAAUAUUGUUGUUAUAAUUUAUACGUUUUACGAUAUUUUGAAAAAUGUAUAUGAUAUAUUAUAAAAAAUGAUAUUUUAACUAUAUUUUUGAUACCGGAAUCUGUGCGGGUUACAAAAAAGUCACGCUCUAUCCACCUCUCCGUGUAUGUAUAGGUAUAAACUAUCUGUAGUAAUACAAAAUAUUAACACUYACGA